GCCACUGCUGCUAACACUAAUAUAAGCUUUACGUUCUUGUCAUGAGCUUAUUCUCAUUUCAAUCAAUUGGAAAUUCUGUACUGUAUUACCCUAAUAUCUGAAUUUUCAGAUGCAUGAAGCAAUUCCUUUUGGGUUAUGAUAUCCGGAAUGACCAUCUGAAAUCUUUCUUUCUGCUUAUACUCACGUAUUUAUAUUGUUUGUUUCUGAUAUACCGAUCUACGUUACUCUGUACAUUUGCCUUCGUUUCACUUUACACGCCGCGGGUUGGCCUCACGCUCUCCUCGCUCCCAAUCACCAUCUCAACCACGCGCAAACUUAUUAACCUCCAGAUAUUCACUCUCAGAUUCGACUGCUGCCUAAGUCUUCUCCCAGCCUCUUACCCAGCUGUACCUUGGCGGCCGGACGGGGCUCUGACCUUUCGUCUAUAAAAUCCGCCCCUCUCCCCCCGCCCUCUUCUUCCUUUCUCUUCUUUCUCUUCAUAUCUUUUCUUCUAUCUUCGUACGGCAGACCGACAGAGCUGAGCUUCUCUCCCGCCGAUAUUUAUCCAACACCCGAAAACCAAUACCCGAUACACGAU